GGCUUCACAUCUCAUGGUUGCAACCUUUUUUUCAUGACGUCGAGACAGUUGUUUUGGUCCCCCCCCCCCACCCCCCCCCCCCCCCCCCUCUCCUUCGGCCCAAUCGGAGGCUCCUCCAGCUCUCACACAAUCUACCGGAGCCGAAAUGGGUCCCUCCAUGCAGCAGCGGCUCCGUCCUCCGGUAAGGUACCAUAACGCCCUUCGUCGGGUGCUCUGUGGUACCCGACUGCUGCUUUAACCGGCAGCACUGACAUGGAAACCCCAUCAUUGCAGCUGCAGAACGAUUUCUUCCCCGAGCACCACCAGCAGCAGCAGCAGCAGCAGUUCCAGCAGCACUGUAAGUACCAGCACUACUGCAGCAGCGUGCAGCAGCACGAGCAACGCUGCACCUGCAGUAGCUGCACCUGCGAUGCGCGCAAAAGCCUCGUCUUUCGCGGGACGUCGCCGACCACUGUGGGAACUUUAAGGACACCUUCGGAAACGUCUUCGAGGCAAGGAGGUUGCCAGUACAGCGUCUGCGAGUUCACACCCUCCAGUCAUGGUAGUUCAUCCAGGCAUCAUCAGCAGCAGCAGCAGCAGAAGCAUCGGCAGCAGAGAGGCAGCCUGGGCAGCAGCAGCCACAAAGACAGUAACUCCUAUAAUGAAAUAGCCAUGAGCAGCUGCAGAUACAACGGCGGCGUGAUGCGGCCGCUGAGCAACUUGAGCUCGUCCCGCAGAAACAUACACGAGUUCGAUUCCGAGUCGCAGCCUCUGCAGCCCAUCUCAGCCGCAGACGCGUCGGACACUUUGGUCUCCAAGCCGGAGAACAAUUCCACCACGCUGAUGCCUUACGCAUCCGGAGACGGAGGAGGAGGAGGUGGAGGAGGAGGCUGCGGCCACAGUGGAGGAGGCAAAUCGGGGAAAAAGAAGAACCAGAACAUUGGAGAGAAGCUCGGACACAGGAGGGCCUUGUUUGAGAAGAGGAAGAGGCUCAGCGACUAUGCUUUAAUCUUUGGGAUGUUUGGGAUCGUUGUUAUGGUUAUAGAGACUGAACUCUCAUGGGGAGCCUAUGGAAAGUCCCUGUAUUCAUUAGCUCUAAAAUGCCUGAUAAGCCUUUCUACAAUCAUUCUCCUGGGGCUGAUUAUCAUAUACCAUGCAAGAGAGAUACAGUUAUUUAUGGUGGACAACGCGGCUGAUGACUGGAGGAUAGCCAUGACAUAUGAGCGCAUCUUCUUCAUCUGCCUGGAGAUCCUGGUGUGCGCCAUCCACCCCAUCCCAGGGAACUACACCUUCACCUGGACGGCGCGCCUGGCCUACUCCUACGUGCCGUCCAAGACGGAUGCAGAUGUGGACAUCAUCCUGUCCAUCCCCAUGUUCCUGCGGCUGUACCUCAUCGCUCGUGUCAUGCUGCUGCACAGCAAGCUCUUCACGGACGCCUCGUCCCGCAGCAUCGGUGCGCUCAACAAGAUCAAUUUUAACACGCGCUUCGUGAUGAAGACCCUCAUGACCAUCUGCCCCGGCACCGUGCUGCUGGUCUUCACCAUCUCGCUGUGGAUCAUCGCUGCGUGGACUGUGAGAGCUUGUGAGAGGUACCAUGACAACCAGGACAUAACCAGCAACUUUCUAGGAGCCAUGUGGUUGAUCUCAAUCACGUUUCUUACCAUUGGAUAUGGGGAUAUGGUCCCGAACACAUACUGUGGGAAAGGAGUCUGCCUCCUGACUGGCAUCAUGGGUGCUGGCUGCACUGCCUUGGUGGUGGCUGUGGUGGCAAAGAAACUGGAGUUAACCAAAGCUGAAAAACAUGUCCACAAUUUUAUGAUGGACACCCAGCUAACAAAAAGAGUGAAAAACACAGCUGCGAAUGUUCUCAGGGAGACGUGGCUCAUCUAUAAGAACACCAAACUGGUGAGAAAGAUGGACCACGCCAGAGUCAGGAAGCACCAGAGGAAAUUUCUCCAAGCCAUUCACCAAGCUCGAAAAUUGAGAAGUGUUAAAAUGGAGCAACGCAAGCUGAAUGACCAAGCAAACUCACUAGUGGACCUUGCUAAGACUCAGAACAUCAUGUAUGACAUGAUAUCGGACUUAAAUGAGCGAGGAGAGGACAUGGAGAAGAGGAUCGCCCUGCUGGAGACAAAGCUGGAGACUCUACUGAGUAACUUGCAGGCUCUGCCGGGACUCAUCAGCCAGGUCAUCAGCCAGCAGCACAGGGACUUCCUGGAGGUGCAGCUCCAGCCUUAUGACAAACACAGCCCUGAGCGUUCACAGUCAGUGUCCCGACGGAGGUCGUCCUCCACAGCGCCGCCCACCUCCUCCGAGAGCAGCUAGAGUCCAAGGGGAAGGCCUCCACUGAAGACUUUUGCCAUCAUAUGGCCAAGUUGCAUUUAUCGUAAAGCCUUAUGGUUUCAAUAAGUAUUAUCCAAAUUCUGAUGACAGAAUCCAAGAUACUGGGGACAAUGCAUUUUAAUGGAUAACUUCAUGCUGUUAUUUGUUUUUUAUUACCUCAAAAAAUGAUGUUAUCCUUGCUCGGGUGACAUGACCACAAAUAAUGGCGCUUCCCUCAGUAAAAGGCCUAUCGAUGGGGAUACGAACUCUACUCCAUCUCUAUGCAGAGAUAGCCAGUUUUAGGUGGCAAGGUUACCAUGUGUGAAACUAUUGCACUAAAAUAGUGCUUCUCACAGACUUUGUGCUUCCGCUGGCUUGAUUCAGUUGCCGUUUUCCUCAAAGCAAACUGAGAAACCACUGAGAAAUCAGUCAGGAAGCAUGACAGUGAUAUUGGGGAAAAGUGCUGUGUUUGAUGGACUGGAGUGAACCGAGAGCAGACAGCAGAUGAAAAUCGCUCCUGCACACUGUCACUCAGAGAUAACUUAAAAAGCUUGAAAUGAGGAGAAAAAAGCAUAUAUCUUUUAGGUUAGAAACAGCAUCAACUAUAGCGGUUUUCCUUUGCAGAGUGCCCCUGUAGAAUGACUAUUUUUUGGGGCGACAUUGCAAAUAAUUUAAUCCUCUAGUCAAAAAUGAAUGCAUCAAAAUCUGUACUUGCACUUACUUUUUAAUCAAUGCACUUCAAUGCUGACUGACGUAUGAUAUAAAGAUGCGUUGCUCAUUAAAAGAAGAACAUUUGAGAUGUUUGGGCAUGGGUUUAUUAUUGUCAAUUCUCAAGUUGUGGCUAGUGUUGAUGAAUCAAGUCAAAGCCCUUUAUUUGUUUUCCACAAAAAAGCAUUAAAGUAGGCCUGUAUAGAGGUCUACAGAAAUGUAUUGAGUGAUCACAAACUCAGUAUUUACCCCUUGUCUUGCUGUGUCUCAUCUCCUGUCCUUCCCUCCUGUGCUAUUUAUGCUUGCUGUCACCCCAGCUGGGCAACAACAGAUGCUGAACAACAACUCGCUGAAACCGUAUCUACCUUUUAAAAAGAAAAUGCCUAUUUUUAUAUAUUUUGAUGAGGAUAAGCACACCUCUUACAACUAAACAGACUACAACGGGGGAUGUAUGAAGCGACAGAUUCAGCAUAUCUAGCAUAUGGUUUAAUAUUUCUUGGACCGGAGUUAAGAUACAUAAAGUCGUCUAUUAGGUUCUUUCCUGAACUUGCUUAUAGACUAUUUAAAAACUGCAUUAUUCCUCAGAUUGCAUUUAUUUUUUACAGCAAAGGCUUUAGAUGACACUGUUGGAUGAGCUGGAAGAGCAAUAUUCAAGAGCAGAACUGGUAAAUCUACCUACUUUUAAUGUCAAAAAUCAAAUUAAGAUUUUAAAUUUGAUUGAAAUAUCCUCCUUGGCCUUUCACACAGUCUAUCUCCGCAUCAACUGUGUGAAAAGCCCUGAUGUGACCAAUAUACCCUCAAGAUAUUGAUAUUCACCAUAUGAACAUGUUGUUAAUGAAACCUCUUCAAGGUUCGCGGAGCAUAGCAUGGGUCAGAGGAGAUCAUCAAAUCAGCAGCACUGAUGUUGUUCAACCAGCCCACCCACUAACCAAUCAGAUGGUCAACAAAACGACAGAUGUUCAGUCCACAAACUUCAGCAACAUAGAAACCAAUGAGAGAUUAUACUGUAUGCGACUUAAACAAUAAACAAUUAAACAAUAUAAAAUAUAUAA